GCACGCUAGUGUCAGUGGCACGCAGGGCAGCCGCGCGCACCGAGGGGAGGCCAGAGCUAGCGGCGAGGCCAAGGGCGCGGGCGCGGGCGCGGACGGCAAUGGCGAGAGCUGGAGGCGGCGGUCCGGUCCGCGGCGCGGCGCUGGUGGUCGUGCUGCUAGGCAUCGUCGUGGGCGCGGCGAGGGCUCAGCUGCGGCAGAACUACUACGGCAGCUCGUGCCCCAGCGCGGAGUCCACGGUGCGCUCCGUCAUCUCGCAGCGCCUCCAGCAGAGCUUCGCCGUGGGGCCCGGCACGCUCCGCCUCUUCUUCCACGACUGCUUCGUCAGGGGAUGCGACGCGUCGGUGAUGCUGAUGGCGCCGAACGGGGACGACGAGAGCCACAGCGGCGCGGACGCCACGCUGUCGCCGGACGCCGUGGACGCCAUCAACAAGGCGAAGGCGGCCGUGGAGGCGCUCCCCGGGUGCGCCGGCAAGGUCUCGUGCGCGGACAUCCUCGCCAUGGCCGCACGUGACGUCGUCUCCCUGCUGGGCGGUCCGAGCUACGGCGUGGAGCUGGGGCGGCUGGACGGCAAGACGUUCAACAGGGCCAUCGUGAAGCACGUCCUCCCGGGCCCCGGCUUCAACCUGGACCAGCUCAACGCCCUCUUCGCGCAGAACGGCCUCACGCAGACGGACAUGAUCGCGCUCUCAGGCGCGCACACGAUCGGGGUGACGCACUGCGACAAGUUCGUGCGGCGGAUCUACACGUUCAAGCAGCGGCUGGCGUGGAACCCGCCGAUGAACCUGGACUUCCUGCGCUCGCUGCGGCGGGUGUGCCCCCUCAGCUACAGCCCCACGGCGUUCGCCAUGCUGGACGUCACCACGCCCAGGGUCUUCGACAACGCCUACUUCAACAACCUCCGCUACAACAAGGGCCUGCUCGCCUCCGACCAGGUGCUCUUCACCGACCGCCGCUCCCGACCCACCGUCAACCUCUUCGCCGCCAACGCCACCGCCUUCUACGAGGCAUUCGUCGCCGCCAUGGCCAAGCUCGGCAGGAUCGGCCUCAAGACCGGCGCCGACGGCGAGAUACGCCGCGUCUGCACCGCCGUCAACUAAGCCUGCAUUGGCUGCUUGCUGCUUGCGUGCGUGGGUUUCACUUAUUUCACUUCUUCUUUCUCUUGUUUAUAUACGUACGUUUGUCGGAUGGAUUUUGGUAGCCAUGAGAUGACAUCCUUGCUCUGAGCUAGCGGACCUGCCCCGAUUGGAUGAUAUAGAUUGAUCCAGAUGUUCUUCUAGUAGAUUCUAAUUCUUUAGGGCUUGUUUGGGAUC